CAGCAGGUCCACACCAUGUUGUGGACUCCUGUCCUGCUGGCACUCUUCAUCUACUAUGCAGGUUGUGACUCUCAGCCCCUACUGAGCCAGCCGCCAUUGGUGUCCUCGCCCCUUGGAACGACAGUCCAUCUGGCCUGCACCUUGAGCAGAGACUACGAUGUCAGGGUUUAUAACAUCUACUGGUACCAGCAGAGGCCCGGCCUCCCUCCAAGAUUCGUGCUGAGAUAUUUCUCCCACGCCGACCACAGCCAGGGAUACAAGAUUCCCCCUCGCUUCUCUGGAUUCAAAGAUGUGGCCAAGAACACGGGAUAUUUGAGCAUCUCUGGGCUGCAGCCUGAGGAUGAGGCUAUGUAUUACUGUUCUGUAGUAGCCCAGGUCUCGGAUAAGGAUAAGGAGAUGAGGGGAGAGAGGAGGGAAGGAAAGGAGUCUGCUGUUCCAGGGUCCCAGGCACCGCCAGACACAGUUACCUUGAACUAG